AUGUUCAGGAUCGAUCAGCCCAUUCUCGUCGACACAGAGGACCCAGAAUAUUACGCAGAGCUUCUCUCCAAGACUCACCGACCCCCAAAUUGGCGCCUACUGUCCAAUGAAACACUUUGUUCAGGCAUCCCCGGCAUUCAGGAUGUCGAUGACCCUCUCUCCCAGCGCAUACGGACACUUCUCGAUGUAGUCGCCGAUAUCUCACUCUGUAAACGAGGAAACGUCUCCGCUACGAUGGCCUGCAUAAAGGCCAAUAAAGACGCUCUAGAAACGCAAAUAUACAUCACUUUCAACCACAAAGAUGAUGGCGCGGCUAGAAAUUGUCUUGUUCACCUACAGUCUAUCUUUGAUAUACUUUCCCGUGUCCCCUACCGGUCACAUGGAGUAGACAGCUCCCCGAAGGAUAUCUCGAGCGAGUUAGAAGGGAGCUUAUUUGAAAUCUGCAGAACCAUUCACAAUUACUCGUUCGACAUUUUUGCGUAUCGCGUUAACAAGCGCAAGCACAAGCUUUCCGACAUUCGGAGGUACAUUGAACAGGAUGAGCAUCAAUUCAAUUCGCGCCAGCGUUCCAAGUUGUUGGGGUUCUUAUCGCAUGUGGGGUUCAUCAUUAAGGUUGUUGCCAAUGCACAAACAACGAAGCAACUUUCUAGCAAUUUUAUAUGCGGGCUUGUAAAGACGUAUUCGUUCUGGAAGAAGAAUAGCCUUCUUCCCAAAGAAGGGCUUGCUGACAAUGCGGUUACAUUGCUUGACCACGUGGAUGCAUGGCUGGCUGACACCCACGGCAUAGGUUUCCGGCUUCGACGUUGGGCGGUGAAGAUCAUGUCGUUUGUGAUCUCGGCCGACAGGCUCUUUACCUUGACCCAGUCGCGCCGCCUCCGCAAAUUUCUAGAUGGGACCUUCGUAAUUAAACCCCUUCCAUGCCCAGCCACGACUCCGUAUCGUUGCAAUCUUUCUUCAGAGAACAUACGAGUGGCUCUGGAUGCCGCGCUGCACCAAACCAAAUACUCUACUGCGGAGUGGGAUGAGGAGCGCGAAUCGUUCACUGUGUUGCUUCGGGAUAAACUGGAGGAUUCGGAGGCGUGCCGGAAACCCACGGUCCACGCUGAGCUAGUCAUGAUUACAGCAUUGUUCAAGGGCGAACUCCAGGAAGUUUUACCCUACAUCGGGGUCUCUAAACUUUCCUGCAUGAUGUGCAUCCACUAUAUCCAGGCCCUCAAUGAGGUUACGGGAAAACGGAUCGCUGUCAAAGGUUCUCAUCGAAAGGCUUACCCUGGGUGGUCCUGGCCCAGUCUUCCUUCCCACGACAGGGAAGUUCGUAGAGCCCUUUUACAACUUAACAGACAGCAGCUCUGGAGCGAUUUCAACUUGCAUGUAGAAUCCCGUAGAGGUUCCAAUAGCAGCAUGGGAUAUGGCGUUCCGGGAUUUGAAACAGUUGCAACGGAGGAUGAUAUUAGAGCAAUAUUCUCUCUUGAACUCGGUCGUCCUGUCGAUGCCCUUCGUCUGUAUGUGUAA